GUCAAAAAAGUACAAAAGUGUUUCAAGAUCAUCUCUGGGUAGUUGUGGAUGUGCUCUGGUGCUCGAGAAGGAUAUUUUGUCGUUAUUGGAAAUAAAGUAUAAGGAAAUAUGGAGUGGUUAGGAUCCUCAAUAGAUACAUUUUACAGCCUCUCAAGCUGGUACCUUGGAAGUGCUAUGACUUCUUGCUACAUCCUGUAUUAUUUAUUUGAAGUAGUGAAGAAACCCAUCUUAGCUACAAAUCCAAAAGGAAAAUUUUCCGAGUUCAUUGAAAAAAACAUGCCACUUUUAAAAGAAAAAUUUUGGCCCACUUUGUGGUGUAUAGAAUCGAGAGCUCAAACUAUUAUUGCUGCAUUGGUUCGAGUAUCAUUCAUUCCAGUUAUAUCAUACAAGAGAGAAAUCCUGAAGUUAAAAGAUGGAGGAGAAGUUUGCUUAGAUUCUCUAGAACCAAAAGAAGGAUCGUCUUCCAAUGCUCCAACAAUUAUAGUUUUACCUGGUUUAACUGGGAGUAGCAACUCAGAUUAUAUCAAAGGAUUAGCUUUGACAGCCUCAGAUCUUGGAAUUAGAUUAGUUGUCUUCAAUCAAAGAGGAAUAGGAAUUCGCAUUACGACUCCUCGUACUUAUUGUGCUUCUAACUGUGAAGAUCUAGUUGAAGUUAUUGAUCAUGUAAAAUCAAAAUAUGAGGGUUCUAUACUAGGCGCUGUAGGCAUUUCUAUGGGUGGGUUGAUUCUUGGUAACUACCUUUCAUCACCAGAAGGAACUAAAACACCGCUUUCUUGUGCAAUGAUAAUAUCUGUCCCAUGGAAUGUUCACAUUGGCACUCAAAGUAUAGAGACACCAGUCGUAAACAUGCUUCUCAAUAGGCACUUAGCUAGCGGUCUCUGCAACAUAGUUCGAAGCAUGCGGUCUGUUCUGGAUACUGGAAAAUAUGCCAUUGAUGAUAUUCUUAAGAGUAAAACUAUCAGAGAAUUUGAUAGUAAAUACACAGCAAGGGCAUUUGGAUAUAAGGAUGUUACUGAUUACUACAAUCAUGCUACGAUCCAUGACAAAAUACAUAAAGUUACCAUACCCGUGCUGUGUCUAAGUUCUGCUGAUGAUCCUUUCCAACCAAUUGAAGGUAUCCCAAUGGAUGACGCUUACAAAAUGGAUAAUCUCUGUAUUGUAGUGACAUCAAGAGGUGGACAUAUUGGCUUUAUGGAAGGACUUUGUCCCAUAAACAAAGAACAAUAUAUGUUCAGGAUUUUUGGUGAAUAUUUCAAAACCAUGCUUUUAGAAGAUGGAGUAAAACACUUUCAGAAGGAAAGUGAAGUUUUGACAUAAAAGUAAUACUUAAUUAUGCUUGUUGGCUCUCUCUUUUUUUUCUCUUCCAAUUGCUAUUAAGAAAGAAAUUAUAUUUUUAGGGGAACGCAUGGUUUUAUUUUGUUGAUUUGCCUCAUAAAUUUUUCAUUUAUAAUUUAUUUUUAAAACCUUAGUAUUAAACAUGAAUUAUCAGGUUUUAAUAUUUCUAUCCCUUUACUGUGAAAGUCUAACAUCGGUUAUUUAUGUCUUUGCUCCCAGUAUUGACGUUUUGAAACAGCCGAUAUUCUCCUUUAUUUAGUUUUGGAAAAAUUUCGAUGGGAAUAGUUGACUCCUAUUUAUCUGAUUCUGCUGAAAUUGACAUGAUUCUGUAUAGUAAAAAGAACUUACUAUUCAGAAAAAAAUACAUUCAUAUUAGCAAUAAAAUUUUUUUGAGGGGAAGCUAAGAAAUAAGGUACCAUUUGCUCAUGAAAGUUAUUUAAUACAAAAUCUUACAUUCUUGAUUUCGUUUACUUUUGCAUGUAUUAGAAUGUACAAUAUACAUUAUUCUCUUAAAACAUUAUGUAUGAAUACAUAUUAGUCUGAAGAAGGUAGAAAACCACAAAUGAAAACUAGGAGAAAUGAGAAAAUGAAAUAGUAAGAAAUUAUUUCAUUAUCACAAUUCAUAGUUUUAUAGAUUUAUGUAUUUAAAAUUUAAACAAAAAUGGUGAGGAAAUUCUUUAAUUACUAUAAAUUCCUGAGACCAGAAAAAAACACUUUAAUUUAAUUAAAGGAUUUUAUGAUCAUUUUGUUUAAAUAUAUUCUCGAAUCUGAUCUUUUAUAGUUAGUUAGUAGGUUAUUAAAAAAUAGAAAAUCUGUAACUUCAGUAAUAACUGUAAAGUUUCC